CUCUCAAGACAUCAGAAUAUCAGAUACAAGAAGCUAGCACUAGCUCAAGUAGAAUCUCACUAGGGAAGCUUUACCUCCUUCGAAGGAUGUCUUCCGGGUCAUCGUCUCGGAGCACCUCACCGAGCUCCGACUCGGAGUGGAGCAAGAAGGAGAACAAGAUGUUCGAGGAGGCUCUCGCUUACUAUGGGGAGGCCGCCCCCAACCUCUGGGAGAAGGUGGCCAGCGCCAUGGGGGGCACCAAGUCCGCCGAGGAGGUGCGCCGUCACUUCCAGAUCCUCGUCGACGACGUCAACAACAUCGAGUACGGCCGCAUCCCCUUCCCCAAGUACAAGACCCAGGGCUUCUGGACCUAAUUGGAUGAAGCAGUCUAAACUCCAGCGGACACUGAACAAAGUUGUACAAACUAGAUCUCUUAGGAAGCAAGCAAUCCAGCAUUGGUUAGAAUAACGAGAGGGAAAGGAGUAUUGUCUAUUGUGUGUACAAAGUAUUGUUAGGUUAUUUCCAAGGUUAAGUUUGUCUCUAUGUUGUUGUAGAUUCUCGUCUACAUUCAUGAACUGCAAGAUGGCUGUUAAGAGUACA